ACCUUCUUACCCUUGGCCUUAAGGAAAAAUAGGUGUUGUUAUUUGACAAGCAAGGUUCCCCUUGAACUGUUGCCAAAGAUGAAACGCUUAAGGGUGUUGAGUUUGAAUAGCUAUGAAAUUGGCGAACUUAUUCCAAAAUCAAUUGGAGAUUUCAAACAUUUGCGAUAUCUUAACUUUUCCUACACCAAUAUCAAAGUAGUACCUGAAUCAUUAGGUACCCUAUACAAUCUACAAACUUUGAUGCUAAGAGAUUGUCCAAAAUUGAAGAAAUUGCCUGCGGACAUGGGAAACCUUAUCAACCUACGUCAUCUCGAUAUGAUUGAUUCAAAUUCCUUAGAAGAAAUGCCACGAGGAAUUGAUAAGUUGACAAAUCUCCAAACACUAUCCAAUUUUAUUGUUAUGAAAGACAACAAUGGGUCUCGGUUAAAAGAGUUGGGGAACUUGAUUCAUCUUGGAGGGAAACUUUGCAUAUUGGGAAUAGAAAAUGUGGUUGAUCCUCUGGAUGCAAGAGGGGUGUGUUUAAAUGACAAGCAAGGUAUAGAUGUGCUAACAAUGGUAUGGAGUAGUGAGAGCUUGGAUGGUUUACGAAAUGAAACAGUUGAGACAGAAGUACUUGACAUACUACAACCUCACAAGAAGCUGAAAGAGCUAUACAUCAAAGGCUACCAUGGUAUGAGAUUUCCAAUUUGGAUAGGAGAUCCAUUGUUCUCCAAUAUGGUGUGCAUGAAGUUACAAAAUUGUAAAAAUUGCACUUCCUUACCGCCACUUGGACAACUACCCUCUUUGAAAGACCUUCACAUUGAAGGAAUGAGUGCCGUAAAGCGUGUGGGUUGUGAGUUCUAUGGGCAGCAUUGCGCCAAACCUUUUCCAUUACUCGAGACACUAUGUUUUGAGAAUAUGUCAGAAUGGGAGGAUUGGUACGUUUUUGGAAUUGACAAGGAAGUUCAAACCUUCACUCGUGUUAGUAAGCUCUCCAUCAAAAAAUGUCCAAAACUUGUGGGAAUGUUGCCAAGUAAUCUUCCUUGCCUCAAAACUCUUGAGAUUAUAAAUUGCUCGCAGCUGCUGGUUGAAGCUUCUAGCCUUGUUCUCCCGUCACUCACCUCCCUGUCCAUGAGUGAUGUUCAGCUUCCAAGCCUUCCAGUGCUCCUUGAGACAUGUAACGUGCUUGAACCCAGUUCCCUUACUUGCUUGAAUAUUAGCAAUGUUUCAAUCCCUGAGUCCCUGUGCAAUCCAAGCAUAGAUGAUGAAGUGAUGUUGGCAAAUGCAAUGUCUAAGCAUCUGAGUUCAGUAACUUCCUUGAGCAUUGGGAAGAUUCAAAAACUUGCAUUAUUGCCAAAAUGGCUUACCCAGGGGCUUGAAGGACUCAAAGAAUUGAAGAUUGAUUGGUGUAAAGAACUCACAACACUGUGGCAGAAUGAGGCGGGACUACAACACACUCUCCUGGCCUUGCAACGUUUGGAAAUUCGUUUUUGUCCGCAACUUGUUUCUUUGUUUGAAGAAGACGAGGAUGUAGAAAACGAAGGGCAACAUCAACAAGAGGGAGUGCCUUCGAUGGUGAGACUUGAGUAUCUAAGUAUAGAGGAAUGUGAAAAGCUGGAGAAACUGCCACGGUGGCUACAUACCUUCACUUCUCUUCGAGAGAUGCGUAUCAUGGAGUGUCCAAGUCUGGUAUCUUUUUCAGAGACAGGCUUUCCGCCUAGCCUAAAACAACUUCUUAUAUGGAGAUGUAAAGCUCUGCGGUCCUUACCUGGGUGGACAGCGCACGAUUCUAAUCUGGAGUUCUUGAGGAUAAAAGGGUGUGAUAAUCUGGAGUCCCUUCGGGAAGAAUGGGUCCACCACCCCCCAACAAAACUGUCAGUUUUGUUUAUAGAAAAUUGCAAAAAACUAGAAUCGGUCCCUAGUUUAUUCAACAACAGCCUCCUCGCUUCCCUGGUGAUAGAAAGUUGGCCUGCAGGAGGAGGAAUCGUCUCCUCCUACAUUCUAGAGAAAGGGAAUUUCCUCACCAACCUCACUUUUCUUAGCAUCAAGAAUAUGAAGAUUGGUAAGCCCCUAUCAGAGUGGGGUUUGCACAGAUUCUCCUCUCUUAAUACCUUCUUUCUUGGAAGUCCAAGUAACGUAUCAGAAGAAGAAGAAGAAGAAGAAUAUUAUUCGGUGUCCACCUUUCCAGUAGAUGGGAUGUUGCUGCCCACCUCUUUGACGACUCUGUGGACUUAUGAUUUCCCAAAUCUGGAGAAGAUAUCUUCUUCCGUGGAGACCAUUCAAAACCUCACCAAUCUUGCUUUCAUAAAUUGCCCUAGGCUCGCAUCUUUUCCCGAGCAAGGAGGGCUGCUUCCCUCGCUUUCGAUACUUCAAUUCCAAGGAUGUCCAAUAAUGAAACGGAGGUGUGAAAAGGGGAAAGGCCAAUAUUGGCCCCUCAUAGCUCCCAUUCCUGCAGUCUUCAUAGAAGGCGAAUACAUCUUUGAAGUAGAGGAAUAAACUGUGCGAUAUGGGCAAUCAAAACUAGCAGGUUCAAUACAUUCAUUUAUCUGCUUUGCCCCAGCUACCGCUAUUCUUGGGAAACCAAAAGAGCUACCAAAGGAUGGUAUCAACUCUUUCAAUCAUUUUCUGUUGCGUCCGGUGAAGUAAAUGUUGCAUUUGAUUUAAAGAAAUGUUGCAUCUUGUUGAAGACCUAAAGAAUGCAGUGGCUUGAUGAUUUUGUAUUGUUGUUGUUGUUUCCUUGCUUCUGGUCGUGUUGCUUUUUCUUUUUCUUUUUUUGCUUUUUUGGUAAAUCGGGUUAGUUCUUUUAUCAUACUAUAUUUUCUACUACUGCUUUUGUACGUGUCAUAUAUAAAAGCUCAGUGGUAAAUUGACUGGUUUAUGCUGACGCUACUGUUGUUGCUUCUUUGGCUUUCUAGACUUCCUGUGCAGCUAUUGCUAUCUUCUCAUGAUCUUUAUGUUGUAUCUGUUGUACAUAUGUUCAUGUCAGAUGUAAACAAGGCCUAGAUUGGCUAAAUGGUAUUGUCCUCAUCUUUUGCUUGCUUUAGACAA